AUGGAACAACGACUAGUGACCAUAGUAAACAAAAAUAUACCUGACAAUUUGUCAUUUGUUUUCCUUGAUGACUCAGUUACAGAAUAUGUCCAUUUUAAAGAUCGAUUUUGGGAACAAAAUAGUUGCACUGCUAACUUAUGGUCGAGAUGUAACAACGUUGAAGAAUUUAAAAUCUUUUUCUCACGUAUCGUUUUGCCAAGCAAGAUUGUUCUUAUUACGACAGGUAGCCGUUGUAGUGAUGCUAUUAAAGACAUUAGUCAUCUAGAUGAACUUCAUUCGGUGUACAUUUAUUGUCGAUCAAUACCAAAAUAUGAACCAUUAAAGAAGCAAUAUUCAAAAAUCAGCGGUGUGUUCGAUAUUCCAGCUACUUUAUUGAUGCACUUACGGAACUCUCUAGAAGAAGAAACGAUUCAUGUAUCAGAUGGAUUGAGACGAAAUCCGCCUCAACUGACUGUGGCGGAACGAGCUAAAGAAGCGGCUACUCCACCGAAACACAACCGAAAUGCAGAGGAACCCGAUGUCGAAUAUUUCGCUCAGCCCGGGAUUCACUGGUGUCCAUGGAAUUCAAAUAGUUGCUCGACGAAUCUUCUUGUUCAAGGCCAGGGAUCAGUGAUUGUCAUGCAAUUCGAGGCGAUGCCUUUUGAGCUUCGCCUUUCAAAUAGAUCAGAUCCGAAUGAUACAGAAGCUUUCUCAAUCAUCCUCAUAGUCGAUCCCACAGAAGCACGAUUAGGUACUAAUAAUCGAACAUACGAUUCAAGUACUGUACCACAUCAUGUACUUCAACCAAAUAAUGGUCAAUGGCGUCAAUAUUGGAUAAGCUAUUCCAAGCAAACACACACUGUUCAAUAUGGCAUCGGUGAAAUGCGAUCCUUAUUUACAAUUUUUCGAAUAAUACUUGAUGAAAUAGAUCAUCAAAGCAUGAAAGACGUUUGUUAUCUUCAUAUUAAAUUGAAUGGCACCGAUCAAAUGCUGAUAGAUCAUGCUGCUUCCCGUGAAAAUUUUCGAUUUUUUGUGGGCGCAGAAGUUGUUUGUGAUCCGGCAUUAGUUAUUGUACCCGAGAAUAUACUGACUCUUAUAGAUCGUAUUUCACACCGAGCCAUUGAACCAUCAUGUUUAGAAGGGCCUUGUCGAAAAUUAUACAGAAGUAUUUUGAAUUUCGAAUUGAAUGAAUCUGAUUUUCCCGAUUUUUCACGAGCGAUCGACCGUAGUGUUCGAUCUCCCGACGGUUGGUGCCAUAAAAAAUUAAUCGAGAAAGCAAAUCGAUUUGGCCGACCCAACUUUCAUGCAACUUAUCUACGUAUUACCAUCGGUCACCGUAAUGGCAGUGCACCAGGUCAUGCUUUUGUCGUUGAAGCCUGGCCACCUGGUCACUACAGUCCUGUUCAUAGUCAUAGUAACGCAUAUGGAAUCAUCAAAGUACUUAGUGGUCGAAUACUUGUCAAAAUCUAUCCGGAAUUAGCAUUAAAUGUUCGACAGCAUUCACCAAUUGAGACGAUUUUGGAACAAGGUCAAAUAACAUGGAUGCUACCAAAACUUAAUCAGAUUCAUCAGGUACGAAAUCCAGACAUCUAUGGAAAUACCAGCGUUACGAUUCAAUGUUACCAAUAUGGCGAAGAAGACCAAGAACAUUACGAAUACUUUGACUAUUUAAACAACGAUGGACAGGCGAUUGAUCAUUUUGAUCCAACUUCAGACAUUGACUUUUUCGAAUUCAAGCGCCUGAUGCAAAAUGAAUGGAAUAUAACAGUAAAGAAUUGA